AUGCUCGACCCGUCCUCCAGCGAGGAAGAGUCCGAGGAGCUGCUGGAAGAAGAGAGACGGGAUGUGCUGGCGACGGGCGGCUGCGCGCUCGCCAGCAGCUCCCAGCGAUCCCUCCCGGCCGCAGCCGCGCAUCGCGAAGCCGGGCGCCCGGGCAGCGGCGGCGGCGCGGCUGCCAGACCGGCCAGCCCCAGCCCUUCGGUGCGCAGCGAAGGCAGGGACGAGCAGGAGCGGAUGCAGCGGGAGGAGACCGAGAAGCGGCUCCGGCUGCAGCUCUACGCCUUCAUCGCGAGGUGCAUCGCGUACCCCUUCAACGCCAAGCAGCCCACGGACAUGGCCCGGCGGCAGCAGAAGAUGAACAAACAGCAACUACAGGUUGUGAAGGAGCGCUUCCAGGCCUUUCUAAAUGGAGAGACUCAAAUUGUGGCUGAUGAAGCAUUCUGCAAUGCAGUUCGAAGCUAUUAUGAGGUUUUUCUCAGGAGUGAUCGUGUUGCCAGGAUGGUUCAUAGUGGAGGAUGCUCUGCAAAUGACUUCAGAGAUGUUUUUAAGAAGAACAUUGAGAAGAGGGUCCGAAGUUUGCCAGAAAUAGAUGGAUUAAGCAAGGAGACUGUGCUCAGUUCUUGGAUUGCCAAAUAUGAUGCCAUUUACAGAGGAGAAGAAGACUUGUACAAACAGCCCAAUAGGAUGGCUUUAAGUGCUGUAUCAGAACUUAUUCUGAGCAAAGAACAACUUUAUGAAAUGUUUCAGCAGAUUCUAGGAAUAAAAAAACUGGAGCAUCAAUUGAUCUACAAUGCCUGCCAACUGGACAAUGCAGAUGAGCAAGCAGCCCAGAUUCGACGUGAACUUGAUGGGCGCCUCCAAAUGGCUGAUCAAAUGGCAAAAGAGAGAAAAUUUCCAAAGUUUAUAUCAAAAGAAAUGGAGCACAUGUAUAUAGAAGAAUUGCGGUCUUCGGUGAAUUUGCUAAUGGCAAAUUUGGAGAGUCUUCCGGUCUCUAAAGGUGGCCCAGAAUUUAAACUACAGAAGUUAAAACGAUCACAGAAUUCUGCUUUCUUGGACAUAGGAGAUGAAAAUGAGGUUCAGCUGUCAAAAUCUGAUGUGGUGCUGUCAUUCACUUUAGAGAUUGUUAUAAUGGAAGUUCAAGGCCUAAAGUCACUAGCUGCCAGCCGUAUUGUCUACUGCACAAUGGAAGUGGAGGGAGGAGAGAAACUCCAGACAGACCAAGCUGAAGCAUCAAGACCACAAUGGGGAACACAAGGGGAUUUUACCACAACUCAUCCUCGGCCAGUAGUCAAAGUGAAACUUUUUACAGAAAGCACUGGAGUCCUAGCACUUGAAGAUAAAGAGCUAGGAAGGGUAAUAUUGUACCCAACAUCCAAUAGCUCGAAGUCACCUGAGCUGCAUAAAAUGAUAGUCCCUAAAAAUAGCCAAGAUUCUGAUCUGAGAAUAAAACUGGCAGUGCGAAUGGAUAAACCACCACACAUGAAGCAUUGCGGCUAUUUGUAUGCACUGGGACAGAAGGUUUGGAAGAGGUGGAAAAAGCGCUACUUUGUUCUUGUACAGGUAAGCCAAUACACAUUUGCUAUGUGCAGCUACAGAGAGAAGAAAUCUGAGCCUCAAGAAUUAAUGCAGCUUGAAGGUUAUACAGUGGACUAUACAGUACCUCAUCCAGGCCUCCAGGGUGGUCAUAUGUUCUUCAAUGCUGUAAAAGAAGGAGACACUGUGAUAUUUGCCAGUGAUGAUGAGCAAGAUAGAAUCCUGUGGGUUCAAGCAAUGUACAGAGCAACAGGUCAGUCUUAUAAGCCUGUUCCCGCAAGUCAAGCACAGAAGAGCAAUUCAAAAGGAAGCAAUAUCCACACAGAUGUAUCUCACAAUGCAGAUCUUGCUCAGAAACAUGGCAUGGAUGAGUUUAUUUCUGCUAAUCCUUGCAAGUUUGACCAUGCUGCACUCUUUAGAAUACUUCAGAGGCAGACCUUGGAUCACCGAUUGAAUGAUUCCUAUUCUUGUUUGGGCUGGUUUAGCCCAGGCCAAGUCUUCGUGUUAGAUGAAUAUUGUGCUCGUUACGGUGUGAGAGGCUGUCAUCGGCAUCUCUGCUAUUUGAAUGAAUUGAUGGAACACUCAGAGAAUGGCGCUGUCAUUGACCCAACCUUGCUCCAUUACAGCUUUGCCUUUUGUGCUUCUCAUGUUCAUGGCAACAGGCCUGAUGGAAUUGGAACAGUAACAGCUGAAGAGAAAGAAAGGUUUGAAGACAUUAAGGAAAGACUUUCUUCCCUUUUAGAAAACCAGAUAAGUCACUUUAGGUACUGCUUUCCUUUUGGGCGUCCUGAAGGAGCUUUAAAAGCAACACUUUCAUUACUUGAAAGGGUCUUAAUGAAAGAUAUUGCUACUCCCAUACCAGCAGAAGAGGUGAAAAAGGUGGUUAGAAAAUGUCUGGAGAAAGCAGCCUUGAUCAAUUACACUCGACUUACAGAUUAUGCCAAAAUAGAAGAGACACUGAAUCAAGCACCUCCUUCUGUAAAGCUGGAAGAGGUUAUUCAUUUAGCGGAGCUCUGCAUUGAAGUCCUGCAGCAGAAUGAAGAGCACCAUUCAGAGGCAUUUGCGUGGUGGCCGGACUUGCUGGCUGAACAUGGAGAGAAAUUUUGGGCUCUUUUUACGGUUGACAUGGAUUCAGCACUAGAGGCACAGGUGCAAGACUCCUGGGAUAGUUUCCCUCUUUUCCAGUUACUAAAUAACUUCCUGAGAAAUGACCCACUUUUGUGCAAUGGAAAGUUUCACAAGCACUUGCAGGAGGUUUUUGUUCCCUUGGUCAUCCGCUACAUUGAUCUCAUGGAAUCAUCCAUUGCCCAGUCCCUUCACAGAGGUCUUGAGCAAGAGUCAUGGCAACCUGUCAAGACCAUCACCAACAGUCUUCCCAAUGUAGCUCUUCCAAAAGUUCCAAGUUUGCCUCUUAAUCUUCCACAGAUACCUAGCUUUUCUACACCAACCUGGAUGGCUUCUUUAUAUGAUUCCACCAAUGGGUCAGCAACAUCAGAAGAUCUUUUCUGGAAACUUGAUGCACUGCAGAUGUUUGUCUAUGAUCUCCACUGGCCAGAACCAGAAUUUGCCCACCACUUAGAGCAAAGACUUAAACUCAUGGCCAGCGAUAUGAUAGAAGCCUGCAUCAAAAGAACAAGAAAUGCUUUUGAACUCAAGUUACAAAAGACGAACAAAUCAACAGACUUACGUAUUCCCUCCACUGUGUGCACCAUGUUCAAUGUGCUUGUUGAUGCUAAAAAGCAAACUGCUAAGCUGUGCAUUCUGGACGGUGGGCAGGAGCAACAAUACCAUUCGAAAAUAGACGACUUAAUUGAAGAAACCGUGAAGGAAGUAAUUUCACUUCUCGUUUCAAAGUUUGUUGCAGUGCUGGAAGGUGUACUAUCUAAACUAUCAAGGUAUGAUGAAGGCACUUUCUUCUCAUCAAUACUUUCAUUCACUGUGAAAGCAGCUGCAAAAUAUGUUGAUGUUCCUAAACCAGGGAUGGAUCUGGCAGAUACUUACAUUAUGUUUGUUCGUCAAAAUCAAGAUAUUCUCCGAGAGAAGGUCAAUGAAGAAAUGUACAUAGAAAAUUUGUUUGAUCAAUGGUACAGCAGCUCCAUGAAAGUCAUAUGUGUGUGGCUGGCUGAUAGAUUAGAUCUCCAGCUUCAUAUCUACCAGCUGAAGACUCUCAUCAAAAUAGUGAAGAAGACCUAUCGAGACUUUAGGUUGCAGGGAGUGCUGGAAGGAACACUGAACAGUAAAACAUAUGAUACUGUCCACAGCCGACUAACAGUAGAGGAAGCCACAGUCUCUGUGUCAGAUGGGAGUGGACUUCAAGGCAUCACCAUGAAGGACAGCGAUGAAGAAGAAGGCUGACCUUCUGUGUCUUUCAUAAGAUGUUUGUUUCGUAACUUGUUCUCAUAUUUGUGUCUAUGGUUUUGCCUUAAUGCCCUAGUAUUACAAGGUAAAUUCAUCCCACUCAAGGAAAAGAGAAAAUGGCCUUUAAAAGAUGGGUUAGAGGUGGAGCAGAGAGUGUGAGUGUCCAGAUCUAAAACCAAUGGAGAGGACUGGCAUAUUUUUCUGUGUAGCUUUGCUUUAACUGUGAGAAUGCCAUUAUGGAAUCUGACUCCACUUGGGCUUCAUUCCUUUUCACUGUAGUGUUGCAGUCUCUUCCCGUGAUGUCACCAGAGUUUGGCAUGCCAUGUGCAAAAAUCAAACUAUGCACAUCACACAAUCGUAUGUUCUUGGACUCUUCAGUCCCACUGUUCAAAGCAAACAUUGUGUCAUUUGCAAGGACUACAGCCCUGUCUGUAUAUUUCAUGAUUUGUUACUGGGUUUCCUCCUUCAUUAAUAGGUAAAGUGCAUUAAAAAAAACUACUGUUGGUUCCUAAUGCUUUGAUUUUGCUAUGUAUAAAGGUAAAAAGACUGGAAGAAGUGCCAGGAAAACUAAAUUCUAAGUGUUAUGUCUUCAUCACUCAAAAUUUAAAAACUUUCUCAUCUUGUUGGAUGUUAGGAAGCUUGCCUUCAGUAUUUCUUUGUCUCUGUGGAAACAUGCAGGCAAUAAGACCCCCCCUCCCCUUUGGGUUACUGACAAAUCUGUAUCUAGCCCAUGUUUGUAUAGGAUUCUAAAAUUAAAAGAUGUUUGCAAUAUUUGAAAUCACUUGACCUUCUAUAUUUUCUUUGACAGGGAAGCGCAGUUAAAAAUUAUGUUUCCUGAAGCCCUGCAAAAUAUAAAAAAUGGCUUUAUAUGAACCAUUUGAGUGUCU